UCGGAGGAGACGCUCUCAGGGACGGUGAGGACUCCUCAGCUCAGAGACUCUCAUUUGCUGUGGGUGAUAGUCAGGAUGUGCUGACUCAGCAGAGCGUCCGAGCUUCCAGUUGCAUUCGCCAGCCUCCUCCUUCUGAAGCUUCCCCGUCCACCCAGGAACCUGUUGCAUCACAAGCACCUAUGGAGAGCAACCCAAAGAGGUGGGUGCUACAGCCACUGUCUCCCAGGCUCAACCCCUCAGACCUGCGCACCAUCCUCAGUCCCACUCCUGACCUGGAACCCAGCUGGAGCCCCUCCAGCGUUUCCGCCGAUGGCAUCUCCGUCUCACGGAGCCAGUCCUCAGUGGUGGUUUCCUCCCAGCAGGACGAGGUGUCCCGGGAUGUUGUGGUUCAGGCCAAGCAGGUGGCAGUGUCGGAGGAGAGAGGGAGCAUUAGUGACGAGUGGCAGCCCAGCAGCCCCAGCAGCCCCAGCAGCCCCAGCAGCAGCUCCGGCUCCCACUCUGGCUUUUAUUCCUUUGUGGACGAUCCAGCGAGUCCUGAGGCAGAGCUAAAUGAAGCGUGGAUGGUUUCUCCUCAGAGGCAGGCUCAGCUGGCCAUGCUCAAGCAGGAGGACAGCUUCAAACUGCAGACGUAUUCCAGUGGCAGGAAGCCAGAGAGUCUGUUUCAGGAGAGCAACGGAGACUCAAAAUACAAAGUGCAUACAAACAACGGCAUCAAAGUAGUUGAGGAGGAAGAGGAGAGGGAGCUUCGAAAAGAGAUAAUUCGUACCCAAGCGCCUAAGAAGACCCCUACGCUGAAGAAGCAGUGGAGUGCACUGGAGAGCCUGGAUCUGAGCAGCUCUCCUAACAGGCUGAUCGAGGGCUUCAGUCUGUGUUAUGAGCCUAUCAGCCCCAGACCAGAGCCAGCCCCACCUGCUGAGCCGGGAGCCAUUGACAAAGAGCAGAUCAACUUCAGCGCAGCUCGGGAGCAGUUCCUGAAGAUGGAGAAGGCCAGACUGCAUGCCAUGCUCAGUCCUCCCAAGUUUAAAAAAAGUCUGAGCAGAUCAUCGCUGCAGCCAGAUGUUGAUGUGUCUUCAUCCAGGCGAGAGAAGACCAACAACACAGAGGAGCUGCUGAGUGACGCUGCAGCUUCAUUCACCCCACAGGGCGGCGGGGACCCUUACACUGGAGGAAAAGUUAUGGUGUACCGAGCUGAGGAGAGGUUCACCAGGCAGAGCAGCGUGUUCGAUGACCUGGACUCUGGCCUGGAGGAGCUGUCAGCGGAGGCGGGAGGUGGCUACACCAGUGAUGGAAGCACAUCCACCGACAACAUUCACGAGGGGAGCAGGGAUGCAAAGUCCACAAGCAGCUACGAGACACCAAUUGAAAGGGAGAUCCGGAUUGCUCAGGAGCGCGAGGAGAACUUGCGGCGUUCACGAGGCUUGAAGCUCAUCGACAACAGGGCUGAGAUGGUGCAGAUCAAGACCAAGCCUUUGCCGUCAUCGUCGCUAAUGCCCAUUAAGGCCAAAGAGAAGAACAGAGUGAGCUUCUUCAUCCAGCGGGAGAUCCAGAGGGAGGAGGACCUUCAGCAGCAGAGCAGGGUUGUGGGACGAUACAGCCAAAGUUCUCUGCAGGAACUGGUGGAAAGAAAGAAGGUUUUUGAAACACAAGACAAAUCUGAUACAGAACACAGAGAAAGGAGGACAGAGGAAAGAUCUUGGUCUGAAUCUGGAGAGAGGAGUAACAGCUCAGACGCCGAGGGCUUCCCCUCUCCUUGCUGCCCUCACCGACACCCUGAGGAAACAGAGCUAUACAUCAGCCAGAGGAGCUCAGCACCCAUCUCCAUCACCUUGUGGGGCUCGGACCACCAAGACCUCAGCACAGUUCUUCCCAAAGGUUUCCCAGAGGAUCGAGUCAGGCUGACAGGUGCUGAGGCGCAGCGGCUGGCGACACCUCAGGUCACGGUGGUCGACAGAGCGACCAGCACUGAGCCUCCAUCUGUGGAGGAGAAGAGGGAUCCUGCACCAACUGGCGCUCUCUUUGGAAGAAUUUAUUCAUCCAUGUCAUCUUCCCACUCCUCCACCUCCCUCACCUCACCGACCUGGAGUGACUCUGUCACGCUCACACAUCAACAUGAUGCAACCACACUUCCAUCCUGGAGGGAGAACCUGGAGUCCACCGGCCUGCAGACCAGAAGACAAGGAACUCCAGAUCUGAUUCAGAAGGAGAUUGAAGAGGAUCUGAGGCGGGAGCAGGAGCUCCGAGAGCUGAGGGAGUCCAGAGAGGAAAACGUGGACAGAAGUUCCUCUCAGACCAACGAGCCUCUCUUCUCUCCAGCUCCCCUGGUGGAGCAAGCAAACAAAAUGGCCGUCAGUCAGUUUUACCCAGCGUCAAAAACAGAUGAGAGCCGCAGCGCCUCGUCCCCCUCCCCCCGUCCUGCAGGCCGCCUGCCCUCCCUGUCCUUCACCACCGCUCAACCCUGGACCUCCUCCUCUCUCCCUUCUUCAUCCUCUACUCCAUCCUCAUCCUGCCCUCCCUCAUCCCUCUAUCUUCCUCCCUCCUCCUCCUCCUCCCUCCAGUCCGGAGCUCAGAAGGGCCUGACGGAGACGCUGCUGGAGGAUUUCGAGGAGAGGCGAGUCAAGCAGAAGCUGGAGGAGAGCUCGUACGCAGGAAUCCAGCCAACAGACGACAUCAACAACGAGGUUCUGGAGGCCACGCGUGUCACCAGGCACAAAAACCAGCGAGCUCUGCGCUGGGAGGCCGGCGUCUUCGCCAACCAGGACAACCAGUGAGCGUCCCGGCCCAGCGGGGGCGAGGCCGCACGCCACGGCCAGCAGGGGGCGGCGAGGGAUCUUCACCAUGUCUCGGUUCAUCUUGAGGAAGUUCUUCUCACCAGGAAGUCCAACCAGCAGGACGUCUGUCCCUGAAGAGCUUCACUCACACUGACACUCCACAGACCAGUUUGGACUGGUUUGAACUAGUCUGGAUUGGUUUGAACUGGUCUGAGCUGGUUUUACCUAGUUUGCACUGGUUUGAACCGGCCAAUCAGCAGCAACAGUCUGUGAAGAUGACAGCCCUCGCCUCGUCCAAUCAGCUGCCAGCUGCUGAGGACAGAACAGAGGAGCCCCGAGCCGCUCCAGCAGCCGGCAGCCUUCACACGUUUACAGACUCUGGUUUGUUGUGGCGGUGGGCGUCGGCCUGCAGCGGUGGGCGUCGGCCUGCUGUGGUGGGCGUCGGCCUGCAGCGGUGGGCGUCGGCCUGCUGUGGUGGGCGUCGCCCUGCAGCGGUGGGCGUCGCCCUGCAGCGGUGGGCGUUGCCCUGCGGCAGUGGGCGUCGCCCUGCAUAGAGCGCCAGCCUCUGUCUGGUUGAAGCUCCGCCUCCAGGCUCUUCUGCUGCUGUUUGGUUCUUCAGGGAAGAAACUAAAGAGGAAAUUUGUUUUGUUCGAUUCUUUUAAGUGAUGCAUCGAAACUGAAAU